AUGGCGUGCCUUGGCGUGGGUGUUGCGUUGUAUGCGUAUGCGGCGCAAGCGGACGACGAGCUGAGUCUUGCUGAGGGCGAUGCACUGUACCUUGAGGAUGUUGUGGACGAUGCUUGGUACCGCGCGCGCCGCAGGUUUGUGAAUGCAGAAGGGGUGGUAGUGCCGCCGGACGAGGCGAGCAAGGCUGACGAGGCGGGCCUUGUUCCUGCGAAUUACGUGGAAAAGAGAGCACCGAUCCGGUAUGUGCAGGCGGUGUAUGCGUAUACGGCAAAUGGAGCGGAUGAGUUGAGUAUAGAGGAGGGGCAGCAGCUGGAGGUGUACGAGAUCGAUGGCGAAUGGCUACUUGCUGGAGCGGGAGGAAUGCUGGGAUUGGUUCCGGCGAAUUACGUGGAAGAGGGCGGACAGGGCGGACAGGGCGGGCAGGAGGCGCAGGAGGUGCAGGAGGCGCAAACUGUACAAGACACCGUGCCUCCUGCGCCUGCACCUGCGCAUGUGCCUGCGCCUGUGCCUGUGCCUAUGCCUGUGCCUGUGCCUGUGCCUUCUGUGACUGCGCCUGCGCCUUCUGCGCCUAUCCUAACCAGCCCCGCGGCCGCCCCCACGCGUAGCAUGCCGCCGCCGGCGUCGGCAUUCCCCGAGUCCGACAAAGACGACGAUCCACAGCCCACUCUUGAUGAAGACGACGGCCGCCAAGAAACCGUCGCGCCUAUUGCUGUUCCCGCUGCAUGGACAGCAACACAGCCCGACUACAUGAACGAUGAUAUCAAAAUGUGGAGCGUCACGGAAAUGGAUCCGAAAAAAAAAAAAAAGCGCGCGAAAGGCACGCUCGGAGUCGGCAAUGCAUCUCUCUUUUUCGCCACGGCAGACACGAACGGCGCUGCCGUUCCCCGCAUCAAUAUCCAAGACGUGGCGCAUGCCGAGCUGGACAAGUCCAAGUACCUCCUCCUUUCCAUGGCGCCCUCCGCCCACAUUCCCCAAGACACGCUGCAAUUCCAUGUCGGAUCCAAGCAGGCCGGUGAGGUGAUCAUGCACAAGAUCCAAGACAGCAAAGAUAUUGCGGUGCGUGCAGGCAGUCGCGACGCGGCAGCGCUGCGUGCCGCCACAGCGCAGCCCAGCGUCUUGCCGCCCUCGCAAGCAGCGCCACACAAAGCGCCCGCGCGGUCUGCCACCGACCAGGAGAUGGUCGUUGCAUUGUACGAUUUCGAUGCACAGGACACGGACGAAAUGAGCGUUUGCAAAAACGACCAGCUCGUCCUCAUCGAGCGCGAGAACGACGAGUGGUGGAAGCUGCAGAACGCUGCGGGAAAGGUGGGCGUCGUCCCUGCCGCCUACGUCGAUAUCCUCCCGAGCAUCAAGGACGAGCCCGUGCAUGUAACGCCGCGCUCCUCCCAGACGUCCACUGUCGUGAGCUCGAUGGGCAAAGGCGCUUCGCGCGACCGCGACCGCGACCGUGACGCGAAAACGGGCGUACGUACAUGGGUCGACGCCACGGGCAAGUUUCGUGUGAACGCCGAGCUCCUCGGUGUCGGAGAAGACCAUGUGCGUCUGCACAAGACCAACGGCUCGGUCAUUGACGUGCCGCUGAGCAAGAUGGGCGAGUCGGACCUGCUCUACCUCGAGCAGCUCACUGGCCGCAGGCUUUUUGGCCGUGCAGCGAAGAGCAAGCCCAAGCGCGAAACGCGCGCUCGGCGCGCUCCGAAACGCACGUCGAAUACGGGUAAAGAUUGGUUUGCUUUUCUGCUCGAGGCAGGCAUCGAUGUAGACAAUUGCACGCGCUACGCCGCUGCGUUUGAGCGCGACCAUGUCGACGAGUCGAUUGUCGACGAUCUCGAUCCAAGCCAGCUGCGCAGUCUCGGACUGCGCGAGGGCGAUAUUAUCCGUCUUCGUCGCUUCCUCGAGCGGCGCAGCAGCGCAAACAAACCAGCGCCGCGCUCGCACGAGGACGAGGAGCGCAGGAUACGCGAAGACGAGUCGCUCGCGCGCAGAUUGCAAGCGCAAGAGAUUGCCGCCGAGCGCCGGCACACGAGCCAAAACCGUGUAAGCAGCAGUACGAAGCGCACCGACGAGCCUGCGGAGCCACUUGCACCGCAGCGGUCGAGCAACGAAGCAAACCUUGACGCGGAGACGAUCGCAGCGGCCGUCGAGAUUGUGCGUCGGCGCGAGCGCGAAGAAGCGAGUGCACGCGAUGACAAGGCCGAGCGCGAAGCGGACGCGAACAAGCCCAAAGAGAAGACAAAAGAGCCCAAGGAGGCGCCUCAGGAGCCCACCGAUCCCACCGAGGCGCUCUUUGACAAGCUUGCCGGCAUGAAGGCAGCGCCGAAAGCCACCCCGCCCGACGCGGGCUUCAAUCCCAUGGCGCCGCGUGGGCCGUUCGCGCCGGUGCUGGCGAACCAGGGGCUCUUGCAGCCGCUCAUCCCCUUGCAGGGCACGGGGCAGAUUGUUCCUACAGGGACCGGCAUGCCGAAUUGGAGUGCCAACAUGAUCGGGCAGCCGACGGGGUAUGCAUCGAUGGGGCAGUAUGUGACAGGCAUGAUGCCGAUGGCUACAGGUGCUUUUCCUCCUCCGAGUCCCUUUCAGGGCGGCAGCAUGCCGCAGCAGCCGACAGGCAUGCAAGCGCCGGUGCUGGGUGCAGCGACUGCCGAGACGGUGCGACGGGACGACGAAAAGUACAGCGCUGCGAAUGUGUUCCAGCAGAUGAAGACGGGCUCGCUUGGCGCGCAGGAUUCUGCGCCGCAGUCCAGCGGAAAGUACGAUGCAUUGCGUGCACAGCCUACGGGAUUCGCGGCGGGCGGUAUUGUGGAUCCCGGUCCGCAGCCGGACAUGUCGCCAUUCAGCGGUGGAUUCAUGCCGGGGAUGCAGGGCAUGAGUACGGGCCAAGGAAUGCCGGGGAUGUAUGGCGCGCCGACAGGAGGAUACAUGAUGCCGCCUGGCUACUAUGGUGUUUGA